CACAUAAAGCACCAAAUUUUGUCAAUCACAAUGCAGGAAGGUCACCAUACAAUUUCCAAGAGAUUACAUAUGACUAUUAUUUUCGGGUUACUUUGGCUUUUUCCGAUCGUUUGCACGACGUUCGUGGUACCUAGAUAUUUAAUUUAAAUGGAUGACUACUUCCCUUAUCAAAAGAUCCGAAGUGCGGGGAAAGUGUAUAAAUAACCACUUUCGCCCUUCUUUUGAAUCAACACUGAAGAUUUCUCAUAAUGCUUAAGAAAGUUCUACUUGUUUCUGCUGCUCUAACUGGUACGGUGGUCAACGCAACAACAUAUGCAACAUUUUACUCAGACCCUGAGUGUAAGAACGACGCUUCCGUGGACUUUUCUGUCAACAACCCUGGAUGUUUCAGUGCUGGUGGUAAUGAAUACGUUAAAUAUCACGGCACAAACGCUCAAUGUUUCUCAUUAGUCAAGUCUCCGUCACCAAGCUGCCCUUGUCAAUUCGAUUGUAUUACAGGUCCAAACAGUGUGGGAAGCACAAUCAGCGGAUGUGGACCACCAAUCAUUCCUGAUAGUGGAUGCCACCACAUUGGACAGGCCGAAUCGCUCCGCUUUAUCGGUGGUACCUGUGGGCUAAGCAAUUGUCCCGAUCGUUCGAGUAGAUCUAUCCCAGUUCUCGAAGAAUACCAAGAUACCGAGGAGAUUGUCGAAGAAAAAGGGUCAAAAGAAAACCAAGAAGAAAAGGGAGAAGAAUUAGUAAAACAAAAGUCGGAGAGAGAAUCUCAGGAAUCAGCAAAAGAGGCAGAAACUGAAUUGGUCAGUAAAUACAACAACGGUGUAACACCUGCCUUGGAUAGAAGGGACUAUGGUAAACCAGGUUUGGGCUAUUACCGUUUUUGCAAGGAUGAAUAUUGUACCCUCGAUUGUUCGAUCAACUUCAGAACAACGAACACAGGCUGUAUUGCAGGUGACGGAUUCAAAUCAAUACAGUUUUUAGGCAGUGUUUCAUCGGACACCAACCUUCGCUUAGUUCAUACACCACACGGUGAAUGUAGUUGUCAAGACGAUUGUUGGCAUAUUAGCGGUAAUGAGUGUAUGGUGCUACCUGAAGCACAGCAGGGUGCCGGUUCUUACCGUAUGAUCACAGAGUCGACAUGUGAUGUGAACAACUGUUAGGCUCAUUUUAUCUAAAGAAAAUAUUGUUGUUUUUGUACAUCACAAUUGAAUUUUCUGUUUUUCAUUUGGGUGUCUCAGGUUGUUUAUGGGGCAUACAAGUAAACGAAGGAUAAG